UCCGCCCGCCAAACCCGCCAGUCUUUCCGAGACACCGCACUGCGGCGGUGUGCCCUAUCGCUAAAGCUCCGUACUAUCACCGUGCUAAAUCUAUCCGAGGCGUUCCAUUCUGAUCGUCAACUACUAAAACUGUGGAUUGACAUCCAUCUAUUGACUGCAAAGUGAAUGAUAAAUUGUUACAGUGUUGUGUAUGAAAAAGCGCGAUUUCUGUGAGUUUUCUUAAAGGCUUCGCUGCUACUCCUGGCUAUAUUGACGCCGAUUUGUAUCGUUCUGACAGAUUUUGUGAACCAGUUGGAGUUAUUUGUCAUCCUGGAAAUUUUAUAGCCUUUCCCAAAUAAGUGCUAUGAUGAAGAGAUAUAGAAAUUGCCAAAGUGGAUGGUGGGUGGUGCUAUUGACUGCCACUCUGGCAGUUCAUACGGCUGCCGAAGCUGGAGCUGGGCUGUACAAUUCGAAGCUAAAACAAGUUACUACAUCAAGCACUUUAAAAUGGACCAACCAUAAGAAGGAAUCCAUGAGCAACUAUGUCAUAGGAGCUGAAUCUGAAAAAGGUCCCAUCUAUUUGUGCAGAGCGCGCCACGAAGGUGAUAUGAUUCUAGGACAGCUUCGGCCAGACUACACAUCCUGCGCUGUAUCCUCAAGCAAGAGCUACAAUGUGUUCGAGGUUCUUGAGAAUAUUGAAAACGCGUCUUUGAUAAAUUGGAUACCUUGGUUUAGAUUUCAUGCUAAACCCAGCGGAGGUGUUGUAGUAGACUCAUCCGUCGAUUCAGUUUUCAUUGGAAGGAUGGUAGCUCAAAGCGGCUAUUCACAUUAUAUUGGGAGAAUUGCUUACGAAAACGUCAUCGGUCAGCUAAUCACCUUUGAUGACAAGAAUAAUGAAAUUAUUGAAAACAGUGGUGAAAUAUUGAAAGAAAUUGAACCUCUGAGUUAUAAAUUAGAGAAUGUAGUUUUAGACCGAGCUACGGAACAUGUUAGGCAAUUAGACCCAGAAGUUUUUGAAGAACGCAUUCUAAAGAAUGAAGAUGACGUUGCCGCUACAGUUACUACAGAAAUUGAAUACGACUUCAAUUAUACUUUAUCUUGGGGUCAUGGCCACGGAAUAGCUAUCGGUCUCAAUACGACUAUUGAAUCAGAUGACGGCAUUUCACAAAUACAGUGGGCAAAUCCCUUCACUGAGCGUAGGACGAAGUUAUAUAAACUUGAACAGUAUUUAGAACCAGGAACCGCGUGUAAUGUCACAUUCAGGGGCAACAAUACAAACAGUGACGUGCAGUACACCGCUAAACUGGUAACUUUCUACAAAGACAAUGAUCCUCGAUCAAGACAAAUGAGAGGACAGCGUAUUGAAGAUACAUUGGAGGUGGAAGCAAUUUACGGGGAAAUUUAUUUCUUGGCAAAUAACACUUUGGUGCCAACAACUACUACCACUACGACAACUACAACGACGACUACUACCACGACUCCUCCACCAGAGACGGCGCCACCAGUUCCUGAGGACAAUGACGUAGCCGCGAUGAAAAAGGCAGAUCAACCUGAGCAGAUGGACAGCAGUGAUAUGACAAACGAAAGCGGCGAGGGCAUGGUCAAAGCUCCGGUGGCAAAAGAAGACAUUAAAAAAUCUGUAGUAGGUGGACUUGGCAGCAACCCCAAUGGAGCAAAUAUCAGGAUUGUCACAUUCACGUUGUUUAUUCCAACGCUUCUACUUUUAUUUUAAAAGAAAAUUUAAAUCUGUGUAAAUAGCGUGAAAAAUAUCAUUAAAAUUAUAGAUGCUUGGUCGUUUAUACAUGUACGUUUUCGCAACUAAGCUUGAUGCUGUUGUUUAUAAGUCGAGGCACGGAUUUAAAUUUUCCUCGAUGAAAUGUAAAUAAUUUUGUUUUCUUGACAUUCCUGUUAUGUGAUUUCAUUCCAAUAUGUAAAUUGAGGAGCCAAAAUUUAUCGCAUAACUGUAAAUAGAUAUAUAUCUGUAAAUAGUUACUGAUACGGAAGUCGCAGAGCGGCGAGGAGAUUGCCAUUGUAAUGUGUGUAAUGACAAUGGAAACACCGUAGAUAGGGAUAAUGAUACUGAGAGGAGAAGGACACUGUUACCAAUGACAAGCUGUUAUAAAAUCACAAUAUACAAUUGUAUAUCUUGGACAGUAAAUACAUUCGUGAUAUCAGAAUGAAUUUCAAAAUUCGAAAUCAAAAUUAAAGAAAACACGUUACCGACAAUAUUUUAAAUGUUGCAAUGUACAAAACACAAUACAUAUUUAGGUAUUCUUUAUACUUUAAAUAAUUAAUUUCUUUUGAUGAAUUUGUUUUUGCUUAAAGGCUAAAGCCAUGUUUUUGAGUAAUUGUUAAUAUUAUAAACAUCUUAAAAGUUAUAUGUAAAGUUUAAGUAAUUUAUUUUUAUCGUAUUCCGUUACCUAAUAUUAAUAAACUUUAAGAAAUUAUUGAUAAAAUUUGUCCUAUUUUGUUGUCCCGCUAGACUUUACUUUGUACAAUAUGGCAACUUGUUGUGCGUUCAAUCAACAGCUUUCAGUUUCCCAAGAUAAUAAACUUCUUUAAAAUUUUACGCACACUUUAAUUAUUUUCGCGAAAUAUAUAGUAAGUAAGCACAUCGUUUAGUACCUCUUACCUUUUAGUAUUUCAUAUUUCCUAAUAUUAAUUGUUAUUUUUAAUUUUAAGUUAUGAGAGUCUAAGAAAUCCAGAAUUAAAAGAUAUUAUUAUUUUAAAACGUUUAGCCGUAGCGUUCAAAUAAUUUAUUUUGUUUUUAUUAUCACUUAUACGUACUAAUACGCCUAAAUUCAAAUUAUUUUCACACCGAUUCAAACUCAUUGCUAAAGGCAUCAGAUUUAGCUGCAGAUGACUUUGUUAAUUAAGCCAAAGUUGUACUUUGUAAGAAAUCCAUUAAAAUAAAGUGCAUCCCUCCGGAAAUUAAACUCUUCAUUCUUGUUAGUUGUUAGUAACAAGUAGACUAAUAGAUUUGGCAUCGUUUGGUAGUAGUAUGCUUAGCGGACUUUUGUCAAAUGUGUAAAGAAAAUGAAUGAUAUUUUUGUAUGAAUUGAAGUCGAUUGUAAGUGUUCGCCUUAAUUGUAAGAGAACUGUCUUCAUCUCCUUGAGUUGGCUUUCCAUUUAUAUAAAUUUUUGUAGACCCGAAUGCGUUGGUAUUCCUCUUCUCGGAAUGCGAAUACAUAUAAUUUAGUUUAAUAACACAAAAUAUAUUUUAUGUAUGUAUAAUCUUGGUUAAUUAUAUUUUAAAAGUAACGUUUAAUCAACGUCCCACCUAGCGUACCAUUAUUGGAUAAGACUUAAAAUAUUAUAAUUCAGCUUUUAAAUAUUUUGUCUCUGAUGUCGUAAAUUGAUGUUAGAACUUAUUGCGAAACAUUAAUUAAUAUCUACAAAGAAAGUCAAGGCCUGUAUGUUCAACGUCUAAUAUUUAAGGAAAUUGCUUCUUCCCGUUAGGUAGAAAAUCUAUUCCAUAAUAUUAAGGCAUGUUCUAUUGUUGUACCUAUAUGUAAUUGAAAUAGACCUGCUAAUUGGGUAGAUAUUAAAAAGAUGAAUCUCAUAACAUCAACAUUGUUUUGCGAAGCAUAAUUGUGAUGUUCCAUGUAAGUUUACUUUGUUUAAAUUCAUUAAAGUGUAACUGAAAGA